AUGGAUCUCAGAGGAAGAGGCUUUCCCAGCAUCUACAGACUUCGAGUUCUCCUGAUGCUGUUCCAUACAAUGGCUCGAAUCACGGCAGAACAAGAAGUGGAAAAUCUCUCAGGCCUUUCCACUAACCCUGAAAAAGAUAUAUUUGUGGUGCGGGAAAAUGGGACGACGUGUCUCAUGGCCGAGUUCGCAGCCAAAUUUAUUGUCCCUUAUGAUGUGUGGGCCAGCAAUUAUGUCGAUCUGAUCACGGAACAGGCGGAUAUCUCACUGACCCGGGGAGCUGAGGUGAAGGGCCGCUGUGGCCACAACGAGUCGGAGCUGCAGGUGUUCUGGGUGGAUCGCGCGUAUGCGCUCAAAAUGCUGUUUGUAAAGGAAAGUCACAACGCGUCCAAGGGACCCGAGGCGACGUGGAGGUUGAGCAAGGUCCAGUUUGUCUACGACUCCUCGGAGAAGACCCAUUUUAAAGACACAGUCAGUGCUGGGAAGCACACGGCCAACUCCCAUCACCUCUCUGCCUUGGUCACCCCAGCUGGGAAGUCCUAUGAGUGUCAAGCUCAGCAAUCCAUUUCACUAGCCUCCAGCGAUCCACAGAAGACAGUCACCAUGCUUCUGUCCGCAGUCCACAUCCAGCCUUUUGACAUCAUCUCUGAUUUUGUCUUCAGUGAAGAGCAUAAGUGUCCAGUGGAUGAACGGGAGCAGCUGGAGGAAACCUUGCCCCUGAUUUUGGGGCUCAUCUUAGGCCUCGUCAUUGUGGUAACACUGGCAAUUUACCAUAUCCACCACAAAAUGACGGCCAACCAGGUGCAGAUCCCUAGGGAUCGAUCCCAAUAUAAGCACAUGGGCUAG